AUAUUGGAAGCGGGCGGAAGCGGCGCGGCGAGCAGGGACGUGGCCGGGGGUGCGGCCAUGGCGGCGGCGAAGCCGGGGGCAGCCGGCUCCAGCACCAACCUGCUCUUCUCCUCCUCCGCCACCGAGUUCAGCUUCACGGUGCCCUUCAUCCCCGUGAGCCAAGCGCCGGCGGCGUCGCCGGGCCCCGCUCUGCUGGCAGCCGAUGAUUCUGCAGACGUUGGUGAAGAGGACAGCUUCCUGGGUCAGACAUCUGCGAGCCCCGCUCCACCACAGACUUUCAACUAUUUCUCUCAGGUCCCCAGUGGCAGCGAUCCAUUUGGAAGCAUCGGGCAGCAGCCCUUGACAACCGCUGCACCGCCCGUUGGAGCACCUGCCUUCACCAGGCCUCCAGUUUCGCUCCCGCUUGCGUCUGGGUCCCAGGACGGGCAAAACAGCUUUGGCCCACAUGUCCCCAAGUCGCAAUCCUCGUUCAGCGCACCACCUACUUCACAGGGGGCAGUUUCGGCUUAUCAGAUGCCGCAGCAGAGCUGUCCCCCGCCUGCAAACGUGGCUACUCUUGCCCAGGGAACAGCGCAGCAGGGGUACAACCCUUACCGGCACACCACCCUGAGCAGCAAAGCUAACCCGUACCUCACUCCGCCGCAGCUGCAGCAGAGCCAGGCACCACCACCGUCCUCUGUACCCCCCGCCCAGAUGUAUCAGACGCCUCCAGGACCAUUGACACAGUUUCCACAGCCUCCGUCACAGCUCCGUGCUCCCAGGCCAGCAGGUCCCCUGGUCCCGGCGCCUCCUGCUUUGCUGCAGAACCAAUAUGAACCAGUUCAGCCCCACUGGUUCUACUGUAAGGAGGUGGAGGACAAGCACAUAUGGAUGCCCUUCAGCACUCUGGAUUCUGCAAAGCUAGAGGAAGUCUACAACUCCGUCCAGCCUGAUCCCGAGAGCGUGGUGCUGAGUACUGAUGGGGGACGCUAUGAUGUGUACCUGUACGACAGAGUGAGGAAAGCUGUGUACUGGGAUGAGGAGCCUUCCGAAGUGAGACGAUGCAUCUGGUUUUAUAAGGGAGACAAGGACAGCCGAUUUGUUCCUUACACCGAGGAUUUCAGUGAUAAGCUGGAGGCAGAAUAUAAAAGGGCUGUAACGACAAAUCAAUGGCAUCGGCGACUUGAAUUCCCAAAUGGGGAGACAAUUGUCAUGCAUAAUCCCAAGGUCAUCGUUCAGUUUCAGCCUUCCACCACUCCAGAUGAAUGGGGCACCACUCAGGACGGUCAGGCCAGACCGAGAGUGGUGAAACGUGGAAUUGAUGAUGAUCAUGAUGAAAUUCCUGAUGGAGAAAUGUCCCAAAUUGACCAUCUGGUAUUUAUGGUCCAUGGCAUCGGCCCUGUGUGCGACUUGAGAUUUAGAAGCAUUGUUGAAUGUGUUGAUGAUUUUCGGACUGUUUCCCUGAAGCUUUUGCAGACUCACUUUAGGAAAUCUCUAGAAGAACGGAAGGUGAGCAGGGUGGAAUUCCUUCCAGUCCACUGGCACAGUUCUCUGCAUGGGGAUGCAACAGGUGUGGACAGGAACAUCAAAAAAAUCACUUUGCCAAGCAUUGGGCGCCUGCGCCACUUCACCAACGAAACGCUCCUUGACGUCCUGUUUUACAACAGCCCCACCUACUGCCAGACGAUCGUGGAUAAAGUGGGGAUGGAAAUGAAUCGUUUGUACGCCCUUUUCAUGAGUCGCAACCCAGACUUCAAAGGAGGAGUCUCUGUGGCUGGGCACAGCUUGGGUUCCUUAAUUCUGUUUGACAUACUGUCCAACCAGAAGGACUUGGCUUCUUCAGUGAAUGGUGGUCCAUUCUCUGGUGUUAACGGGACUGUGAAGGAUGUGGCUGCUCAUGACAAACAGAUGACUGAAGAUACCAGUUCUCUAGGCUCCUCGAUUACUACUUCUGGCGAUGACCUUUGUGAGGCUGAAGUGGAUGAUGAUGUUCCUACUUUGCAGAAGACUUUGGAAAUGCUUAGUUUGUCAGAGUACGCGAGCACGUUUGAGAAAGAGCGAAUCGACAUGGAGUCUCUGCUGAUGUGUACAGUCGAUGACCUUAAGGAAAUGGGGAUCCCUCUUGGACCAAGAAAGAAAAUAGCGAAUUUUGUGAAAGACAGAGCAGCCAAGCAGGAACAGAAGAAGGCGUUAGCAGAAAAGAAAGCGGUGCUGGCUGCCACCCUCCAAACUCAAGAAGAUGCCCAGAAAGCAAAAGACACAUUAAAUUCUGUCUCCCCUUCCGAGUCUGGUCAGCUGCGCUCGAAGAGGAAGCUUCCAGUGGGUGCAUCCGUUUCUUCUGUGAACAUCGACUAUGAGUAUUUUGAGGUUGGAACCGGCCAGGUUUCUGUGGUUUACGGUGCGUUGGACUUUGAGCCAGAUAUUUUCUUUGCUCUUGGUUCUCCUAUUGGUGUGUUCCUCACUGUGAGAGGCGUGGAGAAGAUUGAUGAAAACUACAGACUCCCUACCUGCAAGGGAUUCUUCAACAUCUAUCACCCACUUGAUCCAGUGGCGUACAGGUUAGAACCAAUGAUCAUCGAGGACAUGGAUUUAAAACCAGUUCUUAUUCCCCAUCAUAAAGGCAGAAAAAGACUUCAUCUGGAGUUGAGAGACUCUCUUUCUCGCAUGGGAUCUGACCUGAAACAGGGGUUUAUCAGCUCUUUGAAGAGUGCGUGGCAGACCCUGAACGAAUUUGCACGUGCUCAUACAUCUUCAACUCAGCUGCAAGCAGAACUGGAGAAAGUAGCUAACCAAAUUAAAGAGGAGGAAGAAAAGCAAGUGGUAGAAGCUGAAAAGAUCACUGAAAUUCCAGAGCCUCCGAAAGAUGAAGAUUUCUUAGUGAAGGUUGGAAUGCUUAAUGGAGGACGCCGCAUUGAUUAUGUUCUACAAGAGAAACCGAUAGAAAGCUUCAAUGAAUACCUUUUUGCUUUACAGAGUCAUUUGUGCUACUGGGGUUCUGAAGACACCGCCUUGCUGUUCCUCAAAGAGAUAUACAGGACUAUGGAUAUCCAUCCUGAGCAGCCACAACAUUGAUGUACAGAAACCUGGAUUUGUAAGUUUGUUCUAGUAGGAUUUAUGUACUGAGAUUAAAUCCAGCUGCAACCUGGAUGUCUUUACUUUCCCUUUCUUCCUCCGAAGUUCAAAUGGUGAAGCAGGCAGUGAAGAGUUGUUUGGGUUGGCAAAACAAUUUCUGUAUUUAAACGCAGAGGAAGUCUUAAAUCUUCCCCUCUCCGUUCCCCAGAGGUAUCUGAUGUUAGAGGUUAUAGUGUAUAAUAUUUGCCACUACAAAUACGUCAACAAAUAUGAUCUCUCUUUAUCAUGUUUCACUCCAAUUCAAUUGCUCCGUGAAUGUUUAAGUGUAGGAAAACUUGGUGAUGUUGGCUACAAUGAAAUUGCAUUUCCAGUGCAGUAAGUUAAAGAAUACCAACAGUGUUCCAGGGUUGUAAUGUUCAAAUUGUACUAUUGGUGACUAGUUGUGCACCUAUGUGCCAAGGAAAAGGUCACUCCUCUCUGAAGAUGAUGUUAAUAAUUGAUACCAAUAAAUUGCUGAAUGAUUCCUCUCUGUAACCCAGAGUUUUGUUAUCCUUAUGUAGCUUAAGAUUUCCAGUAGAACAAGUGUAACAAGGUUGAAUGGAAGUUGGUUCCCUUUUGAAAAGAAAUUAAAUGCUCAAUCAUAGAAUUGUAGAAUGGUUUGGGAUAGAGGGGACCUCAAAGCCCAUCCAAUUCCACCACCUCCCAUGGGCAGGGACACCUCCCACUGGAUCAGGGGCUCCAAGCCCCAUCCAACCUGGCCUGGAGCACUUCCAGGGAUGGGGCUUUCAUGACAUCUCUGGGCAACCUGUGCCAGGGCCUCACUGCCCUCAUCAGGAAGAAUUUCUUCCUAAUGUCUAAUCUAGAUCUUCCCCCGUCCAAUUUAAAGCCAUUCCCCCUCGUCCCAUCACUCCAGGCCCUUGGAAAAAGCCCCUCCCCAGCUUUCCUGGAGCCCCUUUCAAUACUGGAAGCUGCUCAAAGGUCUCCCCGCAGCCUUCUCUUCUCCAGGCUGAACAACCCCAACUCUCUCAGCCUGGCUUCAUAGCAGAGGGGUUCCAGCCCUCAGAUCAUCUCCAUGGCCUCCUCUGAACCUGUUCAAUCAGUUCAAUGUCCUUCCUAUUUUGGGGAUUUUUCAUUGAGAAUCGCACAGUUGGUGGAUUGUUCAGUGAGAUGUCAUGCAACAAAGCACAGCCAAGGAUGUCUGUGUGGUUGGAAUGGAAUUGCUCAGAACAUCAGAAGGAUGUUUGUGUGGAACUUCAGGAGCUGCUCAGAACUUCUCUCACCACGUGCUUGACUGAACAACAUUUGGGAUUAGGCUUUGGAUCCCAGAGGCCUAAAUGGGAGGGCAGGUAGGGCCCACUGGCAUGCACUUGAUGCUGUGCACUACCAGACCACGAUCUUGUUCACAUGAGAAGAAAUGUCUUUAUAUAGGCCGGGUAAAAUAU